UCUCUCUCUAUGCAUCUUACUCACUCGCUUCCUACCAUCACUGAUAUAUUUCCCUCUCUUUCUCUUUUUCUCUUUCUCUCUCCCUCUCCAUAAUACUCACUUCGCUUCCAACCAUCGCCGAUAUAUUUCUCUCUCACUUGUAUCAUUAUACGGAAUUAACAGGUCUGGGCUCGUAUCACGGCAACGGCGUGCCGCCUUGAUUGCUUGGGGAUUCUCUAUCCCAUUAAAAUUUGCCUCGUUCAUUGGUGUGCAGAAUUUUUCAUGGUUCAAUUUUGUUCUCCCCGUCUCUCCAUCGGUCAGCUCCGUGUGCGCAGAGUAGUAGGCUCAGUUUGCGUGUGAUCUUGCUAAGGAUAGCUCACAUUAUCGAGUGCCUCUAUAGCUAUAAACUGACUCUCAAAACGGACAUAAUAUUUGACUGCUAGCUACUGGCAUAUCAAAUUCCUUGGCUUACAUCUGUCAUUGACGCCUGAAGUGAUCGGUAAAGCGUGACAAAGUUUGACAGGGUCUUCUAAAAGCCUCAUUGCGUGCCAUCGAUCAAGGAGCAGAUGAUAGAAGCUAUAAAGCCCUGUAAUACGAUUAUUCAUCGUGGAUCUCUGUAAACACACCCCUCUCAUUAGCGACCAUCUUGAUAUCUCAUCAGCUCACACCUCUUGAAGAUCAUCGCAUGCUUAAUUUGACCCGAUGUCCUGAGGUAUCGAGACACAGCCGGCUUGUUUUUCGUGCAUACUCAGGAUGGUGACUAAAUUAUCGCUAAUAUCAUAAUUGAUUUCUGGUUGACUGCCUGUGUCGUGUUACGUCGUGCGGCACGCUUCAACGGUUCCUCAAAAGACUUAACACGCUGAAGUGAUAUGUGGGGCAGUAUCUUUUGUUGUUAGUAGCGUUUAAACAGCUGAGCCCCUGCCAAGUAACGUCAGAAAGCACGAUCGUAUGGAUCUCAUCGUGUGAAAGGAAAGAAAAAGCAAGUUAAUGAAGCAGAAGCCAUUGUCAAUAUGACAUGAAUUUAGACCUAAUAGUAACCUGGUGAGUCGCUAUAUCUUACAACGUGAACAUUAUCAUCUGGCUGGAAUCAGCUAGACAAACACCUUCAUCUAUAUUUGGUCUCGUCCUUCUAUCAAUAAUUUCCAGCAUCUUUGUGUCUCAUCAUUCCCUCACCAAGCUUUGAUCAUAAACCAAGCAUGAAAUGAUUUUGUUUUGAGGAGUAAAGGCAUGCCCAGUCUUUGAAGAAGAGCAAACAUUUCAACUUUCAAAAGUGUUAUUUGUAAAAAGGAAUGAUUAUAGUCGAAGUUAAAGGGUAGACAGUUUAUAAAGUGGUUCCUUUCAAUGGACUGGUUCCCUUGGGGUUGUGAUUUGUACUUAGGGGUCACUGUUAAUUUGAAAUGAAUGUCUCUGACAAAGCGAACAGCGCGUGGCAUCCCCUCCGACUCCAAGCACAAACGUCCCUACCCUUUCUUGGCGCACGCCGGCCGUCACUCCAACAACACCUACUACGCACCCCUGUCAGGGGGCGGUGAUCUUCGCUUCUACCCCCCUCCCGGCACCACCAACCCAACCAAGCUCCGGCAACACCACCACCCGACAAGGACUAAGAUGUCUAAUGCAUCACGGCAGGUGGGGAACCGCAGGCUUCCUCCGCUACCGGCACCGGGUCAGAGCAGACGGACCCAGCCGACGAGCCCCCAUGGGGCAGGGAAGAGCAGUAUUGGGGGAUCUACCUACCAUGGAAGCCAAACGUCUAGCGCUAGAAGCAGAGGUGGUAGCAGUACGUCCAAUCACUCUAGUGUUCGUGUCAGUGUCAGCUAUGACAUGAUCGUCAAAGGUUUGUCGACAUAUGGGAAUGGAUACUCUAAAAACAACAGAAUCAGCCAUUCACAGGCAACAUCAGACCAGACUGGCCAUAUUCCAGAAAAUGUUGCACAAGAACAUAUCCGUCACUACCUAGAUGAAAACCCACAAUUCUUAGAUGACUAUGUCAUCAAUCACGUCAACGCCGAACAGGUAGAGAAAUGGCUGAACAGCAUCCGCAAGAAACCUUCACCGACAACGAGUGCGGGACGAAGCCCACGGCACCAGACGCCAAGUCUGAAGCGACCAACCUUGCAGAGUACAACGUCCACCGUGGGUAUCACUGGACCACUCAACACUAAGUUUGAGGGUACAUUUGCAGGAGAGUCGAUACGAGCCUCACACAGCAAUGCAAGGCAGUGGAAGAGUUCAGCUUUUCAGGAGAGGAGAAAACAGAUGUAUGAUCUUGCUAUUGACAUUCAGACGUACAAUCAUAGAUUAGGUCUCAUCAAUGAACUAGCUGUGUGUAUUGAGGAGAGGAUACAUGCUGAUGGAUAUACACUCUAUGCUGUUACUGGAAACGGCUCAGAAUUGUAUGAAUACAAGAACAAUGAAAAGAGUGAUUCCGGUCAGCGACCUAGCUGGGCAGUGGCUAAAGGUCAGACCAUCACUGGUUAUGUGGCUUACUCCGGUCAAGUGGUCAAUACCAAGGAUCCUACAGGGAACGAACUUCACCCUCACGGUGUGGCAGCACAAAGCGUAACAGCCCACGCAGUCUUGGCUCUUCCAGUAAUCGAACUCACAGAUGAACUUUCAGGAGUGUUGGAGUUCUAUCGGACUGAAGCCAAGGCAUUCUCUACUGAAGAUGAGAUGCAUGCUGACUCUUACUUAUUAUGGGGCACACUUACAGUGCAUUAUGCUCAGUUUGGGAAUGACAAGGACUUUGAUAAAAAGCUGUAUGUAGACAUGAUCAGACAGCGGAAACAGAAUGACUUCCUGCUAGCAGUGACAAAAUCCAUCUUCACAGAUAUUGUCAGUAUGGACAGUGUGAUCAUGAAGAUCAUGAACUUUGCUCAGAAGUUGGUGAAUGCUGACAGGGCUUCACUGUUCCUGGUUGAUAGCAAGAAGAACGAGCUUUAUGCCAGGAUCUUUGACAUUGGUAAUGGCCUUGGUAAUCCCAUGGUGGACAAAGACCAAAAGGAGAUCAGGUUUUCGAUGGCUAAGGGAGUAGCAGGACAUGUGGCAUCCACAGGAGACAUUCUCAACAUCCCUGAUGCAUAUCAAGAUGAGAGAUUUAACAGAGAGGUUGACCUGCAAACUGGAUAUGUCACCAAGACCAUCUUGUGUAUGCCUAUCUACAUCAGAGGAAAUGUGAUAGGUGUAGUUCAGAUGGUAAACAAGAAGCAUGGUCUGUUCACACGAGCGGAUGAACAAGCAUUUGAAACGUUUGCAGUCUACUGUGGUCUGGCAUUGCAUCAUGCAAAGUUGUACGACAAGAUCCGUCGGUCAGAACAGAAGCACAAGGUAGCUCUGGAAGUAUUGAGCUAUCAUGCUAUGUGUGUGGAUAAUGAGUUCAAGGGGCUCAGGAACAUGCCUCUUCCAGACCCUAUGCCUGACAUAGCAAGAUAUGACUUCUCACCUUGGGGUCUGGAUGAAGAAGCCAAACCUCUCUAUGUUCUGUGUAUGUUCAAGGACAUGUUUGAACUUAACAAUCCACCACCCGGCCAUCCUGACCAUCAACAAAGGUUUGACUAUGAUGAGCUGUGUCGUUUCAUCUUAACGGUGAGGAAGAACUACCGCAGAGUGCCCUACCAUAACUGGACCCAUGCCUUCUCCGUCGCUCACAGUGUAUACACCAUGAUCAUGACGGGGCAAGGACAAGUCUUUAAUCCAUUAGAGGCCUUGGCUCUGUUUGUAGCCUGUCUGUGCCAUGAUCUUGAUCAUCGGGGUAAGAACAAUGCUUUCAUGGUGAACACAGCAUCACCGUUAGCAUCCGUCUACUCUACCUCAACCAUGGAACAUCAUCACUUCAACAUGACCAUCACAAUCCUUCAGAAUGAUGGUCAUAACAUCUUCAAGCACCUCUCCUCAGAGGAAUACAAGCAAGUCCUGGGUGAUAUCAGACAUGCUAUCCUAGCUACCGACCUCGCCCUCUUCUUCCCUAACAAAGCCAAGCUCAAGAAGAUUGUGGAGGAGAAGAACUUCUCAUGGGAUAACCAGGAACACAGACAAUGCGUCAAGGCAUUGUCAAUGACGGCAUGCGAUUUAGCCGCAAAUACCAAACCAUGGCACAUUCAGCAACAGACGGUAAAAGUGAUCUUCGAUGAGUUCUACCAACAGGGUGAUGAGGAGAAGGCAGCAGGCAGGAAUCCAAUCCCAAUGAUGGAUAGAGACAGGGCUCAUGAACUUCCAGCCAAUCAGGUAUCGUUUAUCGUUGGUAUCUGUCUGCCGUGCUAUGAUCUCCUGGCCCAGCUAGUGCCUUCAGCCAAGCCGAUGUAUGAAGGAGCAGCGAAGAAUCUUCAGAACUGGUCUGCACUGGUUGCCAAGCAGAAAUCUGAAGAAGAAGAUAAGAAGCCCGGGGAUGAAGAGGGCAAGACAGAUGGAGACGAGAAGAAGGAGGAGAAGAAGCCAGAUAAGCCAGCUCCUCCUGCUAAAGCCCCUCCUCCAUCUCCUAAAACCAGUAGCAUCCCUAAAGAAGUACUGGAGAGUGAUGAUGGCCUGGAGUAGAUCCUGUUCCAACGGAAAGCAUCUAUUUGAAUACAUCCACACCCUAAGCUUAGA